AAGUUCACAAGUCUCGUUCCUUUAAUAAUCAAGCACCAAGUUCUCAGCGAAAUCAAGGAAUCGAAAACCCAGAAGAGGACUCAGUGAACAAAUUUCUUCAGCUGUUUCAAAAUGUCUCGGAGGUAUGAUAGUCGCACCACGAUCUUCUCACCGGAAGGUCGUCUCUACCAGGUUGAAUAUGCUAUGGAAGCUAUUGGCAAUGCUGGUUCUGCCAUUGGAAUCUUGGCAAAAGACGGAGUGGUGUUGGUUGGUGAGAAGAAAGUCACUUCUAAACUUCUUCAAACCUCUUCAUCCAUGGAGAAAAUGUACAAGAUCGAUGACCAUGUGGCUUGUGCAGUUGCUGGUAUAAUGUCUGAUGCCAACAUUCUGAUUAACACUGCUCGAGUUCAAGCUCAGCGCUGGGACAGGAACCACGGGUUUCAGCUGUAUAUGAGUGACCCAAGUGGAAACUAUGGUGGAUGGCAAGCUGCAGCUGUUGGAGCAAAUAAUCAAGCGGCUCAGUCUAUUCUUAAGCAAGACUAUAAGGAUGAUGCAACGAGGGAAGAAGUGGUUCAGCUCGCUAUCAAGGUUUUGAGCAAGACGAUGGACAGCACGAGCUUGACAGCUGAAAAACUCGAGCUUGCUGAGUUGUAUCUGACUCCUUCAAAAUGUGUUAAGUACCAUGUUCACUCGCCUGACUCGCUCACUAAGCUCUUGGUUAAGCAUGGUGUGACUCAACCAGCCGCAGAAACUUCCUAAGCUAGAAACUGGUGACAGUUUUACCUGACCCGCCUGGUUACUGUAGAUGUCCAUUUGCUUUCUUUCCCUUUGGAGAUAUCGUAUCAGAAUCAAUUUACCACUCUGAUUAUGUCAUGUGAUUCAUUUGGGUUGACUAUCUUUUAUCUUGAGAUUGAUCUUCUUCUAGUCUA